UGUUCGGUCACUUGUGGAAAAGGCAGUCAGACUAGGACAGUGACCUGUGUGGACAAGAACAGGGCGGAAGUGCCCCAAAUCUACUGCCAGGACAAGAAGCCAAGGAGCAGCAAGCACUGCUCCAGAAGACCAUGCUCUAGCAAGAUCAAUAAGUGCCCUGUGAGCUGUGAGACUGAUAAAGACACAAACGAAAUCAAAUGCCGAGACAAGAACCUGCAGGUCGUUGACCCAGCUGUAUGUAGCAAUCAGAUCAAGCACCAGACCCUGCCCUGUUUCAACAAGAACUGUGACCUGUACCGCUGGGAGACCGGAGACUGGUCCGAGUGCUCCAGAACUUGUGGGUUUGGUCGCAAACAUCGCUCAGUGACCUGUGUUGACCUUUCUGGGGGAAGAGUAUCUGCACAUCUAUGCGAAAAUGACAAGAAGCCAAAGGGAAAGAGGAGAUGUAGUGAGUUUCCAUGUCCGUACAUCUGGAACACUGGGCACUGGAGUGAAUGCUCUGUCACCUGUGGAGAAGGUAAACAGACUCGGACAGUCGUAUGUCAGGCUGUGACAAAGGAAGGCUGGAUCCUGCCAGGUGAAGUUCACUUUGGAUGCCGCCCAGAAGAAAUGCCAAGCUCCUCACGUUACUGUAACUAUGGAGACUGUAACUCUCGCAAUCAUUGGACAGUUGAGCCAUGGGGGGAGUGCUUGGCCACAUGUGGCCAUGGUUACCAGCGACGACAGGUCAACUGUGUCGACAAACAUGGAGAGAUCACUCGCCGAGGACUCUGUGUUCCUCUCUACAGACCUGUUGCCUCAAGGCCGUGCUACAACGGACAUUGCUACGCUACAUCUUGCAAGGAAUUUAAAAAGUUAACCACUAUCAGACGAGACAGCGACUACCAGCUCAAAGUGGGAAACCAGUUAGUUAAGAUUUAUUGCAGCGACAUGCGCAAAAGAGAACCAAAGGAGUACAUAACUCUCCCACAAGGACCAGGGGAAAAUUUCUCAGAGACCUUUGAUAAAAAACUGAAAAAAGCUGGCACUUGUCCCUAUAAUGGUCAGCGUCCAGAUGACCAGUGCAAGGAGUGCCAGAAACUAACCCACGAGGAGGCGGGCAACACCACGUUUUCCAAGAUUAGAAUUGAUCUCAACACACUCAUUGUAUCAGUUUCAGAUGAUACCUUCGGCAGUACCCAUUCUGGCAAGUUUGUCCCGUAUGCCACCAGCGGAGAUUGUUACAGUUCCAGUAACUGUCCGCAGGGUCGAUUUAGCAUCAACCUGGUAGACACCGGGUUUAUUGUCUCCGUGAAUACAACAUGGAAUCUCCAUGGCAACAGAGCAUCACAGAGGAUCUGGAGACUCAGGGAGGGGCAGAUAAUUCGAGGAGUUUGUGGAGGACAUUGUGGUGUUUGUUCCCCUGAUCCCAGAGUUGGCCUAAAGCUGGAUCUCUUAAGAUGA